AUGGGCUCGAGCUCAAAUAUAUCAUCCACGAGAUUAGAUACUGAUCAAGAAACAUCGGAAAAGGAUAAUCCAGCAGCACCGUCGGCUCCAAGCCCCGUUGGCUUAGCCACAGCUCCCAUCCAACCUCCGAAUGGAGGAAAGGAGGCUUGGCUCUUCGUUCUUGCUGGAUUUUUCAUCUUCAUCAAUUCUUGGGGACUUUCUAGCACCUACGGGGUUUUCCUGGAACAGUAUCGAACAGAACUCCUACCAGGAAACUCUUCUUCAACAUUAUCAUGGAUUGGCAGUGUACAAUCAACCUUUGUUACUAUUACGGGGAUUCUCACUGGGCCACUGACAGAUCGGGGCUACCUUCGACCUGUCAUGAUAGUAGGACACUUUAUGGUGGUAUUCGGCAUGUUUAUGAUUUCUAUUUCUACGAAAUAUUAUCAAGUCAUGUUGGCCCAGGGAUUCUGCGUUGGUCUUGGAGCGGGGGCAAUUAACAUUCCAGCCUUUGCCAUCAUCUCAUCGAAGUUUACCACGCGAAGACCUAUUGCACUUGGUUGCGCAUCCACCGGUGCGAGUAUUGGCGGCAUCAUCUUUCCCAUCAUGUUUCGCCGACUUGCUCCUACCAUAGGCUUUGGAUGGGCUGUGCGAGCCAUCGCCUUUGUCAACUUGGGUGUUGCCAUUCCCACACUGUGGAUUCUAUGCCGCAAACCAGGAACUCGAGCCCCCAAAGCGCGAAUGGUCAUGGACCCUCGCGCUUUUCGCGAACCAAUCUUUGGUAGCUUUGCCAUUGCACUUUUCUUUCAGUUCCUCGCCUACUACAUCCCUCUCUUCUACAUCACAACGUAUGCUCGAACCAAGGUUGACACAGGCAUCGAUUUUGCCUUUUAUCUUCUCGCCAUCAGUAAUGGGGCCUCCUUCUUUGGUCGAACGCUGCCCUUCUUACUUGGUGCGCGCCUAUCACCCAUUCAGAUUCUUAUAUUCUUUGACGCUGUGGGAGUUGUGUUGCUCUUCAGCUGGAUCUCCGUCAGCUCGACGGGUGGCAUGGUUGUGUGGACUAUGGCCUGGGGAUUUCUCUCUGGGGUCCUGGUCACGGCCCCUGCCGCUAGCACAGCGCACCCGACUCUCAGUCCCAGUCUGGAUGUAAUUGGGGCGAGAUUGGGCAUGAGUUGGGCCACGGCAGGUGUGGGCGUGCUUAUUGGGGCCCCGAUUGCUGGGACAUUGGCGAAUAUCGCCAAAGCUGAAUUCGUACACGCGCAAAUCUUUUCGGGCGCGGUUAUGGCGGUUGCUGUCGGGUUGUUAAUAGUCCCAUUCGUCGCAGCUCAUAGAUUUAAUAGCAAAAAGGCGAAUGCGCAGAGCAGUGGGAGCAGUGCUUGA